UUGGUCGCUAGAAAUUCAACAAGAAGCUCUGGCAUUCUUCAGGGAUCAUCUGCAAAUCGCAAAAGACACACGUAGUAUGUCCAUGAUCUUUGAAAAAUGGAUUUCAUCCAUGAAAAAUAUGGAAAUUUUGACUGAUACCAUGAUUAUUUCAAACAUUUUAUCGAAAAUUCCUAAUACUGUCUUGCCUGAUGGAGUCGAUCCAGGAAUCAAUAAUCUAGUCGAAUUAACCGCGUAUAUUAAUCGAUUAUCGAAGGUGCGUAGAGAUUCGAAUGUCAAAAAAAUAAGAUUCCAUGACAACUAUAAAAAGGACAACCGCGAUCUACAAACCAACAAGGGAGGUAUGGCUGGCAAAGGAUUCAAGAAUGAUGCGAAGAAAUUUUUCAACGAUAUCAACAAAGUCGAUACAGGAUGAAGCUCCAGUAUUCUACGUUUACGUGUGCUAGCUGCUACAACAACAUGGCCCAGGAACCGGAAUCUUCUAAACCAACCGAAUUGGCAUAUUUGGCCGGAUGCGGCUGCCUGUAUCACAGGGAUUGUUUUAGAGGUCAUUUUGGCAACGACCUAGACCCAACGGGACGAAACGUAAAAACCUGUGCAAGGUUAUCCUGUGGCCAAAGCAUCCUCGAACACCACCGCACAAUAGUAAAACCUCGAAUCAGUAAAUUCGUCAUCUCAGAUGAGUCUGCCGCAGCAGAGAAUGCAGCAGCUUUAGUCAAAAUCGAAUCUCUCACGAACGAGGUGAACAACCUUCGAAAUGCUCUAACAACAGCUCAUACCAGUGAACGUGAGGCCAAGAGGCUAGUAUCGGAGGAGAAGCUAAUGACGGCGGCGGUGGAGAGGAAGCACCAAGAAUUUCGAACUAAACUGCUUAAACAAUACCCUGGUAUAAAAUUGGACCUGCACGAAAAUUGUCAGGAGUGUCCAUCACCUCCUAAAAUGGUGACAAAUCCAGAAAUCAUCACAAUCGAUGAGGUGAUUUCUCACACAGUCGACGAACCAAUACCUGUGCCAGCUCCAAGCGUAAACUUGCCAGAACCAGAAAUUAUCGAUAUUCAACCAGUAACGCCGAUUAUCAUCGAUCCAAAAAUCGCUUCAAAUCUCAAACGCCCAAUAAUUGCAAUUCCAAUUUUUAACGAAAAUUCGCCGACAUUCAAGCGUAAUGCUGCUCUGGAUUUAGACUUCGUUCCGCCCAAAAACCUCAAAAUUUCUCCAAUUCGAAGACGGCUAAAUCCAAGGACGAUUCCUACCCCGCGCCGACCCCAUGCGGAAACGCUUCAAGCUUUAAAUAUGCAGAUGGAAGUCGAUGAGGGGCAUGAAAAGGAGGAUUUACCUGCUUCGAAAAUGGUCAGCAAAAUCGUAAAACCGCGAAAGAUCGAAAAACCGCGUAAAGAUGUAAAACGCAUCGAUAGAUCAUCGCGAAAAUCACCUGUAAAGAACGUCAAAAAACUCCUAGAAUCUGUGGAACGAACGGAACACGAAAUUCAAUUCCAAAACCAAACGGAUGCUGGCUUCUACAAAAUCUACAAUCUUCCACCUUCAGCGCUCCAGCCUUUCAAACUGACCGGAUACGCUCGAACCGGAUUAGUGCAAACAAAGCACUUUCAAAAUGGAAAAAACGUAAUGUUCAUCAUGGAUUCGUGUUUACUCGGCGACGGUUACGUUUAUGGAAUGCUGACAGCCCAAGGAAUCCAUACCGACUUCUCAGACUCAUUUUCGAAAAGACUUCUAAAAAUCGAAGAUCUUGCUGCUGAGCUAGAGUGAUACGUCAGUUUGCCAAACAGCAUCAUGUUGUCUAUCGGUAAUUUCGAAGCGCAAAAUAAAGUACCAGCGGAUGAAUUCAAGAAGCAGUUCAAAUACCUAAUUGAUUUGUUACAACGAAAAGGUAACAAGGAACUAAUCGUAUUCCCUAUAAUGAGACAUUCGGCUGAAGAAACGGAUUCGUAUAAAAAAAUCGACGAUAUUUUGAGCAAUGGUGGCGAUAACUUCAACGGUACCUACGUUUAUUACACGAAAGCGGUAAAUGAAGCGCGUAAGAGAUGGACCGAACCCAAAUGGGAAAAUAAAACCUUGUCAUUUCCGAGAGGUUUCUUCAAUCUACUUCUUCGUUUAAUGCGAAUCGAACUUCGAGACCCAACGUACUUCGAUCGAGACUUCCCUCCUCUACCGCCGCCUCGUCACUAAUCUUCGAUUUCGGGUUCGAAUUGUCUUUUUACGUAUAUUUUUACCUAACCAUUAUUCUUACUGCAUGGUAUUAACACCAUUUGAUUUUUAUCAUGUAUAAUGAUUUUCCAUUCACAGCAAAAUAUCACUAGCUUGACUCACAUCAACAUCAAAGAUUUUUUAUGAUGAAUCAUUAAAAAGAAGAAAAUAUUCGAAAAGAAAAAUGAUUUGAAAAAAUUUCAAAAUUUCUCUCAUCGUCUUAUCUACAAAUUUCAAAAAAUCGCAAAAAAGGCACACAUUCUGAAGAAUGUUUCAAAAAUAGCCAAACAGGACGACGAAAAAAUCUUUUAUUUGAAAAAUCUAAUUAUCAAAAAGUGAGUUCAAGCACAAAAGUGAAAUUAGGUCAAUUUUUCGAUGACUUAUUUUAGAAAAAAUAACCAUAUCAAAAAUGCAAAGAAUUCAAGAUACAAAACUUUGCUAUUUUCCAAUCCAAUAUUAUUGCUUUAGAAUAGGGAAAAGUUAGGUGAAAAAUUAGAGUGAACCCAAAAUUGAAAAAGAUCAAUUGCAAAUUGACACACAAAAAGCUGACGUAGGGAAUAGAAAUUUAAUCAUUACUUAAUUACUUAGUCAAAAAAUUUUUUUUCUUUUCCAUUUAUUUAUCAUCUACCUACGAUAGUGUCUAUUUUUAUUUUUAUCAAGAAAAUUCGAUAAAAAAAUCAAUUAUUCAAUUAUUUAUCUAUUUAUGUAUCACAACGUGAAAAUUAUUUACUUAUGUGCCAUAUUCAUGUUUAUUGUGCAUUUAUCUACUUGUGUCCAUAUUGUCCUUUUCAUGUCUUGUCGUAAUAUUCGUUACUAGGUCGAAUUUUUAUCAUCAUUUUCAUUUUUAUUGACAAAUGUCAACUAAUUAAUCAAUUCGUUAAUUUAUCAUCAUCUUUUUGUCUCAUUUACAUGAUCGUCAGCAUUAGAUAGGUAUUCUCACGACAAAAGAGGCUUAUAACAUGCCAAAAAUAGGGUACAGUGUUCACUAUAAACUGCUGUCUAAAUAGUAUUUUGAUUAUUCGAGGAAUUUUUUCCAAAAUCAGCAGCAAUAUGAAGAAAACUUCGAUCAAAUUCUUCAAUUUGGCACUUAAUCAAUCAGCCUAAAAGACAACAACAAAUCACAACAUAGGUGUCGAUCUCAUUUCUUAUGACUAUGUGUGUGUACUUUAUUUUUCUGCAUCCAUCAUGCAUAAUCUUUAUCAUCAUUUUCAAAUCAUGUCAUGUACCCAUAAGGUAAUUGUAAAAUUUUUUAUCGAACAACGAAAAUGAUAAAAACUCAACGAAGUCCAAAAAUGAUGAUUCAGCGACGACGAUAUAUGGUUUUCGACGUUAGUAAAUGGUUCACGACGACAACAUAUGGUUUACGACGUUAGUAAAUGGUUCACGACGACGAUUAAAUGGUCUACGACGACGAUAAAUGGUCCACGACGACGAUAAAUGGUUUAUGACGUUAGUAAAUGGCCAAGUCAACGGUGACAAGAUUUUGACAAUUAUUGUAAAAAACAAAAAAAUCGGAUUUGACAUGUAAAUUUUGUAUAAUUGUUAUUUAUUAAUCACGUUCAUUGUGAAAUAUUUUUCUACAACCUUAUGUAAAGUAAAGACAUAAGGAAAGAUUAUGUAGCUUUUUCUAUUUGUAUGAUGUUCCUAUGUAUAUGUAUAUGUAUUCUUUCUCUAUGUGAAUUUUUUGAUGAUUGUUAAUCUUUUUAUAAUAUGCAUAUCUUAUAUUUGUAAUUGUUUAUUAUGUGCAAACGAAUUUGCUGUAUUUGACAGAUUUUUCCGAUAAUCCAAAAAAGUCCGAAUAGAGUCACAAGUCUAUGAAAGUUCGAAUUGUGGGAAUACCAAAAAAGUUAGGAAAAUUUGUAAAUAUCCAAUUAUGGAAAAAUUUUGUUUGUCAGUGGGCAAAAUUUCUUUUCUAAAACGUUUAUUUCCUACGAUCAAAAGACCCAAAAACAGAAGGGGCAGGGGGUUAGGAGUGUGGUUUGUUCCGGUUUGUGCAUGUGUCUUGUUCUGUUCUUGUCUCCAGUGCUCUUCGGAGUGCUGGUGACAGGAUCAGAAGGGGCAUAUGUUACAGGCAGGAAUAUGGCCACACUGCUAGUGUAACUAGCUGUGUUUCCUCUCUUUUCCCUUCGGGGGGUGAAGAACGAUGUACUUUGUACAGAGUUCUAAUUCCAACUUCAGUAUAUAAUUGAGGAGCGAUAUUCCAAAACACACUUAAGACCAUUUUUUUCGAAUUGCGUUUUUUGGCGCCUUCUGGUGGAUAAUGUAUGGACUUUCAUACCUACACUUCUAAUCUACCCAAAUACAGCGCGAAUCCCAUCUAAAAAGCCAAUUUUUAAAAAAAUUAAAAAAUGAAAGUCCCGCCAA